AUUAUCUCUACAUAGUUGUUAACUUAGGUUCUGUACCUAUUAGCAUAAUGUAGUUUUUAUUCAGCACUGAAUAACUCGAUAUCUUUUUUGGAGUUCUAGUUUAAUACGUUUAGCAAUAACUAUUCUAUUCAAACUACACGUAACUUAUAUUUGGAAUAUAUAUAUAAACCAAUAUUAUGUUCUGAACUUGAAAUCAUCGUGUCCUUUUCAAAGAAUGUUUGCCAAUCCAGGCUAUUAUGAUAAAUUAAUCAACGGUGUCCAAGGAUGCAAUAAUUUUGUCAAUGAAGAAAUUGAACGGGAUUUACACCGUUCAUUCCCGGAACAUCCUGCUUAUCAUACACCAGAGGGUAUUCAGUCUCUUCGACGAGUUCUUACUGCGUAUGCUUAUCGUAAUCCUAAUGUUGGAUACUGUCAAUCAAUGAAUAUAGUAGCCAGUGUUUUAUUACUGUAUUGUACAGAGGAACAAUCAUUUUGGUUAUUGACAGCAAUCUGUGAACGUUUACUACCUGAUUACUAUGAUAGUCGUGUUGCUGGUGUACGCGUUGAUCAACAAGUACUUCAUGCUUUAGUCGUUGAAUAUAUUCCAGAAUUAAAAUCAGUUUUACAAAUUCCAGUACAAGAUAGUUUGAAAAAUAUUGUCACUUCUGAAUAUAAUAUUGAAUCAAUGGUUGGCGGUUUUUCAAUAGCUUCCAAUCAUCAUUAUACGUGUCAGUCAUUAGGCUCAGAAUUAAUCAGUAUGCUACCAUUAAGCUGGUUCUUGACGUUGUUUUUAAAUACUAUGUCAUUUCAUUGUGCUGUUUACGUUUUGGAUUUUUUCUUUUAUGGUGGAGCUCGUGUUAUUUUCCAAAUAGCAUUAGAUGUACUUCGUCAGCAUACAUCGUUUAUCAAGAAAUCUGUUGAACAAAACGAUGACAGUAGUGUUUUAACUAAACUGAAUGCAUAUUUUAAUAAAUUACGUCAUCAAGAUCAUACAUCAAGUGAAUCUAUAUAUAAUCUGUUAACCUCAGCUGAUCGGAAUUUUAAUAUUACAAAUGAACUUAUCGAUCGGAUGCGUUUACAAUAUAGACCUAAAGUAAUUCAAUCGCUUAGUGAUUACACGUCUAAAGAAGUUAUAAGAAGUUUAGAUCGUGAUUGUCCUGUCAAUCUGAUCUUGCUUUUUGAAUGUUACAGAGACCAUUAUAUUCUUUCGAAAUAUGAGCGAAUCCAUCAAAUAGCGCCAGCUAAAACUCAUAAUGAAACAAAUAAUCCAAAUCGUCCAGCUUAUGAUGUUCAUCGUAUUGACGCACGUCAAUUUAAUAGUCUAUUUCAGGGAUUAGUUCCAUGGGGUGCUGCAGCUCAACGUUUAGGCUUUCCAUGCUUUCAUCUACUAGAUCAAGAUGAAGAUAAUCUAAUUAACUUUAAGAGUUUUGUUUGGUUAAUGGAAAGUAUAUGUGGUCAUGAUCUAAAUACAAAACUACGUUUAUUAUUCUUAUUACAUCGAUCUCCUUACUGGGUUACAUCUGAACAAGGAAACGAAUCCAAGUGGAAUAUACUAGGUGGUAUGCUGCCAUUCAACAAUAUUGAAAGUUGUAAAAAAGAUAGUAAUAAUUCUAUUUCUUGUGAUACAAGUAUUGACAGUUAUCAUAUCUGUUCUAAAUCAGAUUUCGAUACAGUAGAGAUCGGUACUGAUAUUAUUGCUGAGGAGUGUAUAGAACAACAUCCCAAAGCUGUUAAUAAAAAUGAUGAAUUUUCAAAAAGUCAUGUUUCCGGAUAUACUUUAGAAAUUGCACAUGAAAAAGCCAAUGAAAUUCCAAUUGUUAUUCCAGAUCCUUUAGGUUUUAUCAGCAAUAAAUACAGUUCAAGAGAUAUUAGUGAACAGAUUUCACUGAAUUAUAAUCAGUUUCAAUGUUUAACAGAGACAAUACGAGUAAUCGUAGAAAGUGUAGACGAAGAUAAAGAAGAAAUGUUGGAUUCUGUCAAUUGUUUAUUCCUUGAAUUGUUCACACAAGAAUUACAAAAUAUUGAACGAUUUAAUAAUUACACUUCGACCAGUUCAACUGACAACGAUAGUAUUCAUGGCACGGAAUGUAACGACGGACGUCCUAGUGUUGAAAAAAGCUUUCUGGAAACAGGUAUUGUUACGCAACCAUUUCUCCAAAGAACUGCCAAAGGUGAACAUAAAUUAAUUGGCUGUCAAACUGACCAGUACAGGCAGGGAAUGGUGCUAAUCGUGAAUAAUCCUACUAUUUCACCAAAAACGUCCACUGUUCUAUCAGUAAAAGAUCCCAUUUGUACUACUGGAGGAUGUGUAGGUUCUUCUGAAGAUAAGAUUGCCAUUCCAACAACCGAAAAAUUAUAUAUUUUGAAUUUUUCUCUUUCACUUCAUGACGACCAUUCUAAGAAGAUAGCAAUUGCUCAAGAAGUUGACUUUGUUGCCCGUGGUUCUUUAAAGAUCGAACUUGAUAAUGAUUGUGUGUUAAAAGGAUCUGAAGUCGACCAUGAAGUCAAAUCCUCACUCAAAGAAAACGUAAACAGAUCUGUUCUCUUUCCUUAUGAACAAAUGAAUCGAGACAUCUUGAAUCUCAAGAAUGGAGCUCGGUUAGUUUCCUGGAGUCCAAGAGGAGUUGACAAAUAUGAAAGGUGUAUAAUGAGUUUAACAACAAUGGAAAAUCGGUCAUUUUUGUGCACACUUAAAGGAACUGAAUCUUGGGAAGAAUCAGUCGAUCUGUCAUUAAUUUGGCAGCAAUACUAUGUUGAACAUGGUAGGAUCGCGCAAAGUCGAAAGGUGGUUGUUGAUAGUCGACCACAGUUUAUUUUCCAACCUACUGAAUGUAGUAAUAUUCCAUCAUUAAUAUGUAAAAAUAUUAUGGAUUAUUUCGAUGCAAUAGAAGAUGUUAUAGUUGUUUACACAAGUUGGUGUCAGAUAAUUCGGCAACCUCAAAGAAAAUCCACCAAUUCAAUGAAUUCGAAAACUGCACCUUGCUUAAACAAUAAUAGGUCCUAUUUCGUGAUACCAGUUGACACAACUCAAUUUGUCACUGAAUCAUUUUCAUUAUGCCCAGUGACAUUUUUGGCAGUCUUAAUGAAAUCUGGUGCAUUCUCUAUAUGGAUGGUUUCAGUACCAUUUUCUGGAGUGUCAUCAAUGUCAUUGUUGUGGGUAGAUUAUACAUACACCGUCGUGCGCAGCGAUUCGAUGGAUAAACACCCAAACUAUAUCAAACUUUAUGAUUUGGAUAGUCUCAAUCUCUUACUUGUUUUGGGUUUUACUGAUGGUUCAGUGAAAGGUUUAGUGUUUCCUAUUGAAUAUUCUCCAACUGGUAUUCUGGUAUUAACAGUACCUUAUUUAUUCAAUCUAUGGACAACUCCAUUGCAUCAUGUAACCAUUUUAGCAUCAGCCUGGUCAAUGUCUCGUCGUUUAUUAUGCAUUGGCUAUGGUCGUCAUUUGUUAUUAUUUCAUAUAGCUAAGGAAGAUUUAGAGAUUUGUUUCCAACAACAGAACCAGCACCAAGAACAACCAAGUAGCCUAUCAACACUAUGUCGUGGACGAGAUCCACUGUAUUUGGUUAAAAGCCAAUUUGUUAGUCAACCAAGUCCUAUUUUAGGCUAUAUUACUGGUAUGCAUUUGGACAAUGAACAGUUAUUACUGACUAGUGUGGAUGGUUACGUAAUGCGCACCAGUCUUGAUGAAGUGUCUGAAUGUAAGUUGAAUUGGCAAGUUGUUUGGUGUAGUUCUAAUUACGAUAAAUCUGAUGUAAUCCAUUGGGAAUUUCAUGGAUUAUCAGUUUCAACGAAUGGGGUUUAUAUAUGUUUUCUUGAAAAACCAUGCAAUUAUUUAGAUAAUAAUCGUGCACGACGCAGUGCUCUACUUUCACCUAGAGUCCAUUUUUUAUCGUUUUGGUCAAAUGAUAGUUUACAAGAAAUUGUAUUUAACCCUGAAUUACCUUUAAAUCGUAAAGUUGAUUGUCUACAAGAGUUACUACAAAGAUGGCAUUUACCAAAUGACAAAGCUGAUAAUUUAUCUAGCAAUACAACAGAUUUACGACAGAUAUGUUUGGAGAAAAUUGAUUUUCAUCAGGCUUGUCUCACUGAUUCUUCGUUUCCUAAUAGUUGGUUGAAUAAGCCACUUACAACGCUUCAAAUUUACAGGUUUAUUUUGUGUAUGCUCAACAAAGACACCGAUGAAUCUAUCAAAUCCCGUGCACAACUUUGGCUGACUAAUUUAGAUAAUUUUAUCCAACAACGUCAUUUGGAACGAUGUUUUCGUUUAUUUCUUAAAUGUUCCAUACAAAGACAAGCACGUGAUUGUUUAUUAGUUUCACAAAUGGCCACAAUAACUUUAAAUAUUUUCCGACCAACGUCACAAACAUUGACUAAUACACCUAGCACUACGACGACCACGACCACCGCUACCUCUACCACCAUUGAUGCUGUAUCUAGUUGUAUAUUUAAUAAAAAUGAUGAUACAAUGAUUGUCAAUGGAACUUUGAAUAAAUAUAUAUGCUUUGUCAAAGAUUUACCUCAAUUAGCUAGAAAUGUUCACCAAUUAGCUAUACAACUCUAUGUGCAUCGUUUUAAAUUUCCAUAUGAAAAUAUCAUCAAUCAAUUACAGAAAUUACAUGUCAUUCCGGACCUAAUUUAUUUGAAUUGCUCUCAAAACCAUCCAUUUGAACGUUGCAUGCAAUCUCUGGAACCUUGCAUUGAUCCUUUGUUUCGUCAUUGUAGUCGGUGUAAUCGUGUAGCUCUUAGCGUAUCUCCUCAAGAUCGUUUAUCCGCUUGGCGUUCAAUGAUACUUCAUCCAAUGUGUAUAUAUUGUGAUUUACCAUUGACGUGGAAAGAAUUCUAA